CACUAACUGUGGUCACUAGAUCACCACUGUGUGUGAGCGAAGCGUGUAUCCGUCCUGUUAAAAGUGUUACGACACAAUUGCAGGAUUUAUUUAAUGCUUGUGAAAUUCUGACGACAAAGCACAAUCCGCUGUCAGGAAUCUGCAGUUGCCGUCCACGAGCCGAGCAGAGUUUAUUGUUAAGACUUAAGACUUGUUAAGGACUUGUUAAAGACUGUUAAGAAAAUGUCUGGAAACAGCAUCACCUCCAACGGAUUGAGCAGAAGGCACUCGGGAAAAGACAUGGGGCAUAAUCUAAUUGCAUGUGGCGAUAAAGCAGUUGGAGAACAACCCCCCUCCCACGUAAACAAUGGUCAACCUUCUGGCGAGAUGAGUCCUCCAAAACCGGAGCUGGCGUCAUCUGCCAAGGUGAUAAUACUUGCUUCCUGUACGUGCAUCAACUUCUUGUGUAUCGGUUUUGCUGUCGGUCUUGGAGUCGUGUUUGUCCAAAUCCUCGACGUUUUCAACACCACCCGAGCCCUGACGUCAUUGAUGCAGUCGUUGUGUAUUGGAGUUAUAUUCUCAGGCUCAUUGAUAUGCGGACCAAUUGUCCAGAAGCUGGGACCAGGGAACUCGGUGAUAUUAGGAGGCCUCUUGUCCCUGGUAGGAUGUGUGGGGGCUAGCUUUGCCCCUAACGUGGAGGUGCUCAUCAUCACUGUUGGAUUUAUAACAGGUUUUGGGAUGUGUUUUGCACAUCUAUCCUCCUAUUUAGCGACAGGAAGCGUUCUUGUGAAGAAAAAGGGUAUGGGAGUUUCCCUCAUCACGGCAGGGGCAGGACUUGGAGCCUUUAUAUCUCCCCAGUUUAACAGGCUUGUGUUGGACGCGUACGGAUGGAAGGGGACGUUUCUGCUUCUGGCUGGUGUGAACUUUAACAUGUGUGUCCUUGGAUUCCUGAUCCGUUGUUUGACGAAGCCCAUCUACAACAUGAAAACAACUCCUAAGGAUGCCGAGCCCAAGUCUCUAAUCAAAUCUCUCAAUCUCCAUUUAUUCAAGAAUGUACCGUACAUGAUAUUUCUACUAUGUCAACCUGUGAUCUGGUGCUUCUAUACCGGGGUAGUCGUUUUCAUCGUGGACGUUGCCAGAACCAGGGGCUACGACCUGGAGGCUGCAUCCUUCCUCCUCUCUGCAAUCACUAUAGCGCAUGUAGCUGGGAGUUUACUGGGAGGGAUGCUGGACACAGUGUUCCACAUCCGGGCACUCAUCUCCUGUUCCGUGUCUCUGGUUUUGUGUGGGCUCCUGAGCAUCUGUUUCGCCUUCUUCAGUUCAUAUGGUGUUAUGAUAACCCUUGCAAUCGGCCAUGGCGUACUCCUGGCUAUUCUGGAUGUGUCCAUACCAAUUGUCCUGUUUAAAAUGAGUGAUCCAGCAUCCUAUUCAUCCGCCUUGUCCUAUAUGUUCGGACUCUCCGGCUUCUCGGAUAUUGCUAGUGGACCCAUCAGUGGCGCCAUCAGAGACAUGACAGGGGACUAUCUCCUGAUGUUUUACCUGGCUGGUGGAGUAGCCCUGGUGAUGGGGGUUGUCUUCUUGUGUCUGGAACUGUGGAUGCGGCGACGGAAGGAAUCUACUUCUUCAGAAACUAUUGACACUAAACUUUGAACGUUGAAUAUAUAGUUAAUGUCUAGUCGCCUUACACAUGAAUACGGUUUUACGCCUCUUCAACAAUAUUCAAGUAAUAUUACGGUGGGGAACACCAGAUAUAGGCUUUUCAAGUUAUGGACUCGAAACCGGAACUUCGGCGUGACAAGCGAACGCUUGUACCACUUGGCUAACCCCGCCGCCCAGUCACCUAAAGGAGGAAUAUCUCCAUCGCCUGGGAUUUGUAGUUGUGACGUCACGUCCCUGAAUGUGUGUUGGACGAAUAAAUGCAUGUAUGAUAGUGCUUUGCAUAAUAAAUAUUGUAGGUAUUUUCGUAAGGGUUAUAAUCAUAUGGUGUUUCAAAUGCCAAUCGCCAAUAUCACCAAUUCUAGUGUCCAAUAAUUAUACUACUAGGUGGCCGUCGUCGCCAAGGCCAUUGUGUGACGAGAACCCACGUGAAAUCUGGCAUAACAUCGCAACACCUUCAUCACUGAUUUAUCACUAUGUUAAACGGAAUUAGAUCUAUUGCCAGC